AGACAGGAAGCGCGAGAUUCGAAAAUCAUGAGGGACGAUGUCGGCGUCCGUAGUUCACAACGCAACUUCAGAUGGCGGCAUAAGCCGAUAAAAAUCAAAUGGUUAAACAAUGCUUAACAGUGGCACUCGGUUGAGGAUGGGCGAGUUGGUUGGUUUUUGUCACUGUGUUACCGCAGCCUGUACUUGUGUGCGUGCAUUUUACGUACGGUUACGUAUGCGGUAAAAGCGUGUUUUUAAUGGCAAGUAAACCGAUGAGUAAUUCGGCGUUUGCUUUCAGACAUUUCGAGUGGUGCAACUUUGUGGAUGUGGUUAUUUGAAGGGAGACUGCGUUUAUUGUCUUUGCAUAAGUAAAACAGUACCUUUUAUCGGUAAGCUCGCGUGUGAUAAGAAAUUUCAGUAUCAAAAUAUUAGGUUUGUUGAUUCAUCGCAAAUAAUCAGUUGAUACGGUUUCCAUUUUCAAAAUAUCCAAGUGACCGUUACAAGUAAUAAUGUCAAGUACAUCGCAAAAACAUAAGAACUUUGUUGCUGAACCUAUGGGAGAAAAACCUGUAACAGAUCUUGCAGGCGUAGGUGAAGUACUAGGAAAGCGGCUAGAAGCAGCUGGCUUUGAUAAGGCGUAUGUAGUACUUGGUCAAUUUUUGGUUUUGAAAAAACACAGAGAACUGUUUCAAGAAUGGAUGAAGGAGACGUGUCAAGCAAAUACAAAACAAUCCAAUGACUGCUAUCAAUGUUUAAUGGACUGGUGUGAUGAAUUUUUGUAAUAAAUCAAAAAGAAUAUUUGUAAAUUAACUAACAUACAUUGAUUUUAGUUAAGUUAAUAUGUAUUUUUUUAAAUACUACAAGACAAAGUAUCUAACUACGUUUAUAUAAUUGUCGUGAGAUUUUUAAUCUAUUUAAUUAUAUUUUUUACUUGAUGACAGUGCAAAUUACUUAGAAAUAAAUUAUAUUAUCGUGUGUAUAUUACUUUUGAGAUGAAGUACCAAAACGACAUAACAACUUUUUAAAAGCAAUUUUUUUUUUUUCAAUUUUACAUCAAUGUACAUACAUUAAAGUGAAGAAAUAAAUAAUGAAUAAAGUAUGCCAAUGUGGUUAUGUGGUUUAUAUGUUUAGAUAACUCAGAUUGUUUAAAGUUAUAAUGUAUGUUUAAAAUGUCUGCAUUUUUUAUACCUAGAACUAUAUAAUGUUUAUAGUAAACUCAUUUAUAAUUGGGAAA